AUGAAAUGGUUGAGAGGGUCAGCAAAUCUCCAAGUACUAAAGUUGAGUGGUAUUGAUCUAUACGAGGCCACAUCUUCAGAAAAGAAUUUUGCCGAAUCUAUAUCAUAUCUAUCUAAUCUCAAGGAUCUUCAUCUCUCUUCUUGUAAUAUAUCUAGCACAGAUUUUCCCAUUCAUGAGUUUCACAAUCUUUCUCGUCUAUCUUCUCUCAAGUUGAGUGUCAAUUAUAAAAUGAGUUUCGAAGUCCCAACACAGAUGGUGAAUUUGACUUCGCUUUCUAUUCUCGACGUAUCUUCUUGUGGACUACAUGGUUCAGUUCCUUAUCUUCCUCAACUUACAGAGCUUGAUGUGAGUUUUAAUGAUGGUCUUCAUCCUGAUUUUCUAACUAAAAUGUUUCAACGUCGAUGGCCUAAGCUUCAAAGACUUUCCAUUUCCUCUGCUUAUAUCGGGGGACCAAUCCCAAAUUCAAUUUCCAAUGCACCAGUGUUGGUCACUCUUUCUGCUUAUUCUUGUGCAAUUCAAGGAUCUUUACCUUCUUCAAUCUACGGCCUCACUCUAUUGAAUUCAAUAGAUCUGAGAUAUAAUAACAUAACAGGUUAUAUCCAUUCUUCAAUUUGUGAUAUUUCUUCUCUUCGAGAACUUAGUUUAGAUGAAAAUAACAUAACAGGAAUAAUACCUAAUUGCCUUAUGAAGCUCAGAAACCUUAGUGUCUUUAGUGUCUAUGACAACUCAAUUGAAGGCACUGUUUCGUUAGUAUCAUUUAUUAAUGAAUUAAACCUAACUUCUUUAGACCUGGGCCAUAAUAGGCUAACUGUUGUUACAGAUGAACCCUUGCAUCAAUUCUCUAAGUCUAAGCUACAGCAUCUAGUUUUAAGUUCAUGCAAUUUGAAAGGAUUAAUCCCUUCCGUUAUUUGUAAUUUGACUCACCUUAACUAUUUAGAUUUGUCUUAUAACAACCUAACAGGAGUUAUCCCUUCUUGCAUUUCCAAACUCAAAAUUUACUCCCGCUUAGACUUGUCGAACAACAAACUUAGCGGUUCACUCCCUCUUCCACCUGAUGACCAAUUUAACGACUAUUUUUUCGACUAUUUCUUGUUUCAUUUAUCAAAUAAUAAUUUCAGCGGUGAAAUCUCGCUAAAUCUGGGGAAAUUACUAUCUAAUGCUUGGUAUAUUAAUCUAUCGGGUAAUGAACUUACAGGUUCAAUUCCAUUUUCUAUAUGUUCAAAAGAUUCAGGGUCUCCUCAACAUCUUGACAUGUCCAAGAACAAAUUUUCUGGGAUUAUACCAAAUAGCAUAGGGUAUUGCCCGGUUCUUCAGUAUCUAAACCUUGGUAGCAACAACAUCACUGGAAGUGUUCCGGAUGAGCUUGAACAGGCAACAAUAUUGCGUGAUCUUCUUCUAAAUGACAACAAUCUCGAUGGUACUCCUCUUCAUAUCAUUAGUAAACUACACGCGUUGGAGAUCCUCUACUUAGGAAAUAACAACAUUGGAGGCAGUUUACCAACUGGAUUUGGUUCCCUCGACAGCCUCCAGGUUCUUUCUUUAAGGUCUAACAAGAUUAAUGGGUCAAUACCUGAAGGGGUUUUUAAACUGAACCAACUCCAAAUACUAGACUUGUCGAAAAACAAUCUCUCAGGUCAUAUUCCGAAAGUAUCAGGAAAAUACCUGAGGGGAUUAAUACGCAACUCUUCGCUAUUUGCUUUUGAUUAUUCACCUGUUCCAUUACAGAUGAUGAUCAACGGGGUCGAGAUACAGCUUCAAAAAUUAAACAACUACAGCUCAGGAAUUGAUCUAUCGCAUAAUAUGCUUGAUGGAAAUAUUCCAGGAGAGAUAGGUUUGUUAACAGGACUUGCAAUGCUUAAUUUAUCUCAUAAUCGCUUCUCGAAUAACAUUCCUGCAAGUCUUCGGAACAUGUCUAGCUUACAGUCUUUGGAUUUAAGUUACAAUAGACUUUCUGGACAUAUCCCGCAAUCUUUAACAUUACUCGACUUUCUUGGGGUUCUGAACUUAUCAUACAAUGAGUUGAGUGGCAGGAUUCCAAGAGGGACUCACUUCGACACAUUGGGUGUUGAUGGAUGGGCCUACGUUGGGAAUGAAAUGUUGUGUGGAGAACCAACCAAGAAACUUUGUGACGAUGAUAAGGUUACCAAUACUGGUGAUUCUAGCCAUACGAAAGAACCUGAAGAAGAUGAUCCAAAAGAGAGAAUAUUAUUCUAUGGUGUUAUUGCACUUGGGUUUGGAGUUGGAUUUUGGAGUCUAUUUUUUGUUUUAAUUCUAAAAAAAGAGAAAUGGUGGUUCCCGUAUUGGAGAUUUAUGGACCAUGUUGCCGUAAAAAUAACAGGCUAUAUUCGAAGAUAA